UUUAGUACACAACAGAAUUAGGAAACUUAUGAUUUAUUAUAAAAUAAAACAAACAUAAAUAGUUGACAGCAAUGACGAAUAUAGAGAGAUCGUUAAAAUCUACUCAUCACGUUCCAUCGUGAUAACUUGAUAAGUCUUUAAAAAUGGUAGUGCGCACAGGAAGUGUCAACACAGUUUCUUGUUUCAAAUCUCAUUUAGAAGAUUUAAGAUGUGGUACGCGGCUUUAGUUAGGUUUAUUCGAAGAAGGCUCGUCUUAGGGAUAAUAUUUGUAUCCUCCCUGACUUACUGCAUCGUCAGUUUAUGGAGAGAGGGUGGAAGCAGGAACAUGGCAUACCAGGACAUCAUGAUUGAGAGAAAGCCAUUUGUGUGGCGAACACUACAAGAGCACAAUGAUACACUAGAUAAUAUUGUGUGUAGGAACUCCGUACAGGGGAAAAUCUUCAUAGUUGACGAUAGAGGCUAUGUAUGCAAAAGAAACCACAUGAACAAGAAUGGGUGCUGUGACCCGGACGCCGAGUCGACCAAGAGAUACGGCUGUGACAGCUGCAAAGAGAACCAUUGCUGUGUUAUCUACGAGUUCUGUGUCUCGUGUUGCUUAGACCCGGGCAAGAGGGACAUGUUAGAAUUGGUGCUAUCAAAACUAUCAGCGGAGGAAAAUGUUUUAUUCCGCUCACUAUCAGACGACUAUGAGUUGUGCUUGACCAAAUGCCGUACCAGCUCGCAUAGCGUACAACAUGAGAACUCCUACAAGGACCCAACACACAAGCACUGCUUUGGGGACGAGCCCCCAGGAACGAGAAGCCCUGAUUAACAGUUGAUUAGCUUUACGGCAGUGGUUCAUUUUGCUGUAUUUUACUCAUGAGGGUUUUUUGACAGGGCUUUAUAUCGGCGCGAUUCGGGAAAUGAAUUAGAGAUUUACUAGAUAUGAAAUAGUAAAAAUAUGUGACGUUCCACGGCAAAAGGUACCAUUGCCCCGGCUGAAUAUUGGAGCGGCGUUAAUAAAUAAAUAAUAGCGUAAGCGCCAGCCGCCAUAAGGUAUCAAAAGUUCAAUAACAAUAAAAGAAGUGUGAAAUGAGCUUUAAGUUGUAAGGAUCGGGAUAACUCGACCGUCAAUCUAGGUGGCAGCACCGAGAUGCUUGCCUGACAUCUGUCAAAGCUGUGAAGUUCUUGAAAACCCUUAGCAGAGGCCUGGAAUGUUUUCAGUAACAUGAAUCUAAGGAGGUAUUAUGUACUUAGAAUCUGAAUUUUUUUCUUCUAGGUUAGUUCAGCAAUAUAUUGAGCCACACUAAUGAGUAUUUAUAGUUACCAUUCAUCAGAAUGUUCUUGUCAAAAUAUGUUGUGUCAGCGCUCGAAUUUUGCAAAAGAUAUAUUUGCGCUGAAACAUUAUAUGCAUACCUACAUAUAUAUUUUUACCGAUAUGUGGUACCAAUAUAUAACGAUAACUUAUUAAUCAGGACCUCUAAGAUUUUUAAAUUUUGACUGGACGUUAUACCUAAUGAUGCUUGUGCAUAUCUUUUUUUCUUAAAUUAUAAAAUGAUACUGCUGUUUUCAGGGCGUAAAUGAAGGUUAACGCAAUUUAAUUAUAAUAGUUUAAAGUUAAGAAACAUAGUUAAUAUUUAAAUGUCCUUGCCAAAGUUGGACUGCGGGGUGGUUUUCACAUGAGAACAUGCAGUUUAUAAUAAUUAACACAUAGUAAAUAAGACUCAAUUUAAAUAUUAAGCUAAACUGAGACAAUUUAACAAAGACAUUACAAUUUUUACAAACUCGCGGUCUCUGCAAUUGUUAUAGAUGGCGCCACUAAAUAUUUUGUAAAUAAAUAUUCACCCCCUUAGUCAUAAACGUUUACUAAAGUUGACAUGCCGAUAAUAAUCGUUUGUCCCUUUCCAUCAUACCAAUACGUCGGAAAGGGACACACGAUUGUUUGCACUUGUAACGUCGCAAGACAAAUUCGCGCUUCGAAUUUGACAUCAAAUGUAGAUGGGGAUAUGUACAUUAGGGUGGUAUUCCACCCAUCCAAUUUCUUUGUCUAAUGUGUAUUGUGUCUCACAUUUUGCUUUAAUGAAAGAGGAGACAUUGGACAGGUGGAAUACCACCCUUACCAGGUACGGCAAAAGUUGACAUUUGAAGUACCACAGAACAUUAUGGUGCCGAUUGAAUACCUCAAUUUUCAGCUGUCAAACCUAGAGGCAAGAUUUUUUUCUUAGAUUCAUAAAAUCAAUGAAUCUUCGCUUGUAUUAAAUGGAACUGAGACAUUGGUAAAUGUCAGUGACAAUUAAUAAAGAAAGGAGUUUUUGCGUAGAACACAUUUAAUUUAUUUGACGUUCAUAAGCGCAUUCUUUAUCUUUGUUUUGUCUUUAUUAUCAAUUAAAUUUUGUCUAUGAUAUGAGUAUUUAUACGUAAUGUCCAUUAAAUUAGUUAUUUUUUUCCUGAAAAGUUAACGGUUUCAGAAUUAUGACUAAUGAUAAUCUGACAAUCGUUACAUUAUGACUUUCGAUAAUUAUGUCAAACAAAGAAUCCGAUUUUGGGUAUAUUAGUUUGCUUUACAGAAGACAAAGGAACAUAUCACCCAAUCAUCAAGGAUUUUAUUGCAGAGAAUCGAUAUACUUAAUAGGAGUAUACAUAUAUACAAAGAAAGUUAAAAUUCGCACAAGCACAUCCACCUUAAGGGCGUUAAGGCAAAUACAAUAAAUGAGAACACCAAAAUAUUUUAGUACGUAAGUGUGAGAUUAUCGUUUAGUUAGGCAAAUGCAAAUGUCUUUACGAAAGGAAUAGACAGUAGGUACCUAUAUACCUGGUGAAUUUCAAAAUAAAUAAUAAUUGUACACUGGCGUUUAAAAGUGCAUGGAGAUAUUUCAAUCGUAAUAUUAAGGCAUUACGGUUGACAUCUAUCCAUGCACUUUUGUACGCCACUGUACAUUUUAAGUCUUAAUUCAUCCAUAAUUAAUUGAUUCUAUUGAGUUACGAAAAUUAUUUAAAUUGUAACGUAUUGUAUAUACCUAUGUCAAAGAGAAUAGAGUGUUAUAUAGAAUGUUAUAGAGAGUUAAUAUUAAUAUUUAACAAGUUAAAACAUAUCAGUGAAAUAAUAAUAAUCAAAGUCAAAUGGCGUUCUAACAGUUUUAAUCGUCUGUCGAAAGAUGGCAGUAAAUGUACUGUAGCUACAUAAUUUACCAUGACAGUAACUCGCUAUUUCAAAUUCUCUUUGCCUAUGUCAUACACAUAAGUUUAGGUAUAGCUUACGCCAAAGAGAAUAGAUAGUAUAGAGGGCUAUUGCCAAAGUAAAUUUUGUAGUCACGGUACAUUUACUGCCAUCUAUCGACACACGAUUAAAUCUUAAAAUAAUCAAAAUAUGUUUACGGAUAAAUGAUUUUUAAUUUUUAUUGUUCCAUACUGACCCAUGUUCUUUCACUGAUAUGUGUUAAAAUUGUUUAAUAUCAAACGGUGUCGUCAACGCCAUCUAGCCGAGAAUAGGCCAAAGGUGUGUGCGCCAUCUACUCGAGAAUGACUUUUUCUUGAUUUCCGAGGCAAGUUUUUUUCUUAGACUUUAUUUAUCUUAUACGGAGUUACAUAUAUAUAUCUCUGGCUUACGCCAACACAGUGACAUGCAUGUAAUUUUAAAAAUACAAAUUUUCGUAACAUAAUGGAAUCGAUUAAAUUAAGGCUAAUUGCAGUUCUUAACUCUGUAAUUUUUUUGCAAUUCAUCCAACCGACUUGCGUAUUAUAUUACAUAGUCUAAGGGCGGGUAUAGACGGACUGCGGCCUGACUGCAACUUGUAUGGGAAUGGAAACUGCACGCCGACGGAAAAGUUUCCAAAAUGGAAACUUGCAGUUGACGUACAGUCGGCGUGCAGUUCCCAUACAAAUUGCAGUCAGUCUGUAUCUACCCUAAUAGUAAAAUAAGAGUGAACUGUAAAUAUAGCAGUAACUGAUCGAAAAUGUAGAUUGUAAGAUUGACCUAGCAUGGUAUUUUUAUACUAUAAAAUUUAAUUAUAAGAUAUUUAUUUAAAGCACAUCUACAUCACAAAUGUUGAGCCAGUCGUGCAUAUAAACUUUGAAUUUAUAUACUUUCUAUGUAAUGAAUGAUCUUCAAAUCAAAACCAUGGUUGAUGGAUGCUCGAAGUGACAUGUAAGCAAUUUGCAAAUAAAUCCUAUUCAAUUGUUAA